AUUGCCUCAAACUGUGUUGGAAUACAAAGAUCACAAACAUGGACUACUUACUUUCAUGGAUAGGGUAAUUGAAGAUGGUUGUGCAGAGCUUUAUUGCAAUGCUUGUAAAGAGGUUAGAAAUCCAGAGCAUUCUGUGUAUUACUGUAAGGAUUGUUCACAUGCAGUUGACAUUCAAUGUGUCAUGGCUGAGCACCCUCUUUUCCUCUCCUACUGGCCCAAAUCCUGGAAAUGUAGCAAAUGCAAUGAAGACAGCAUCCCUGGAUUCAAAUACCACUGUUACAAGUGCUCCUACACUCUUGAUCUCAAAUGCGCUUCUUUGGCCCAUAUUUCACCUUUCUCACUUGAAUCCACAGAGACAAACAUCACCACUAGAAACCAUUUCCUCCACCAAGAACACCAAUUGAUAUCAGCAGACCUUACUACUCCUUUUGUAGGUUGUAAUAAGAACACAUGUUCUGCAUGCCAGUUGCCAUUCUCUGGUAAUGAUUCCCGUGCCUAUUGUUGCAUUGAAUGUUUAUUUUUCCUUCAUGAAUCUUGCCUUCAUAUGAAACCUGUUAUGGAAAAUCUCUCUUUCCACCCCCACUCUCUUGUUGCCCAGUUUGAGACAUCAGUAGAGUGUGCUGUCUGUAAAAUCAAAUUCAGAGGCAUCAGUUAUUGCUGCAAUCACAAUACCUGCAACUUCUACGUCCAUUUAACAUGUGCCAGUCUUAAGUUGCCUGCUAUAAGACACAAGUGCCACAAAGAACACAAUCUCUUUUAUUUUAUGAUUUCAGCCAAAAAACAGUCCUUUCCUUGUGAUGUUUGCUAUUUCAACUGCAAUGGAUCUUUCUACCGUUGUGUCAUUUGUGAUAUCAAUUUCCAUUUUGAAUGUAUUCCGCUGCCUCAGACGGUACUGAAAUACAAAGGUCACAGACAUGGACCACUUACAUUUGUGGAUAGGCUUGUUGAAGAUGGUGCUGAAGAGUUUUAUUGUGCCAAUUGUGAAGAACCAAGAAACCCUGAGCGUUCUAUAUAUUACUGUGAGGUAUGCCCACAUGAAGCUGAUAUUCACUGUGUCAUGGGUGAGGAAGGAAAGACAUUGGAGGUAGGAUCAUACAUGGUUUCAAAGUUCAAGCAUUUCAGCAGCGGACACAGCUUGGUUUUACUGAAAGGGGAAGCUGAGGGACUACUUUGUAGUGGUUGUGAUCGUAAAAUCAUCUCAAGUCCGGCAUAUGGUUGUAGGGAUUGCCCUUUUUGCUUGCACGAGUCAUGUGUGAAUCUUCCUACUGAGAUAUCCCACCGUUUUCACAAGCAGCACCAGCUCUAUCUCUCCUACCGAGCCAAAUCCUGGAGAUGUUACAACUGCAAUAAAAGCAGCCCCCCUGGUUUCAGAUACCAGUGUCACAGCUGCUUCUAUGCUCUUGAUCUCAAAUGUGCUUUGACCAAUGUUCCUCCGUCCUCGCCAGAAUCCAUGACUCCCUUCUCCCAUUUCCUCCACAAAGAACAUCAACUGAUCCUUAAAGACUUCAGCACUUCUCAGGAUCGCUUGACAUGCUCCUCAUGCCGGUUACCCUUCUUGGAGGACAGUUCCCUUGCCUAUGGUUGCGUUGAGUGUGAAUUUUUCCUUCAUAGAUUUUGUUCUGAUAUAGAGGAGACUAUUGACAACAAAUAUUUUCACCCUGCUCACCAUCUUAGAGCCCUCAACACCAAUUCAUUUGUGAAUUGUGCUGCCUGUAAAACCAAAUUCAAAGGUGUCAGUUAUUGCUGCAAUACAUGCAACUUCCACCUCCAUGUAAAAUGUGCUGAGCUUCAGUUGCCUGCUUUAAAACACAAGUGCCACCAAGAACAUUUUCUCUAUUAUUUUGUCAAUUCUAACCAGAAUAAGUACUUUACUUGUGAUGUCUGCUAUUUCAACUGUGAAGGAUCAUUCUACCGCUGUGUCAUAUGUGAUAUCAAUUUCCAUUUUGAAUGUAUUCCAUUGCCUAAAACGGUAUUGGAAUACAAACAUCAUAGACAUGGACCUCUUACUUUAAGGGAUGAGGUAGGUGCUGAUGCAGAGAAAUAUUGCAGCUCUUGUAAAGAGCUUAGAAAUCCAGAGCAUUCUGUGUAUUACUGUGAGGAUUGUUCGCAUGCAGCUGAUAUUCAAUGUGUCAUGGCUGAGGAAGGAAAGACAUUGAAGGUGGAAUCGUACAUGGUCUCAAAGCAUGAGAAUGCCAAGUUAGAGCAUUUCAGCCACCAACACCGCUUGGCCUCAGAUGUAAGGGAAGCACUGGGACGCUACUGCAAUGGCUGUGAUAAAAUCAUCUUAGGUCCAGCCUAUGGUUGCAAGGAUUGCCAAUUUUACUUGCACAAAUCAUGCACUGAGUUGCCAUUCGAGAUAUCCCACCCUUUUCACCAGCAGCAUUCUCUCUUCCUCUCAUACUGGCCCAAAACUUGGAAAUGUGAUAAAUGCAGUGACCAAAGUACUCAUGGCUUUAAGUACAGUUGUUACAAGUGUCAUCCAGCAAUCACUCUUGAUCUUAAAUGUGCUUAUGAAAUUAUCCCAAUUGCAGAGAAGCAAGUGGUAGAUACCAGUCAAGAAAUUGUUGUGGAUGAGCUUGUCAAAAUCAUCAGCAACCUCCGCGCUGAGUUGAGACAGAGGGAGCAAAGCUAGAGCUGAAGUGAAACUCGGGAAAACUUCCCAACACAUCUAAAUACUACUACACAUCUUUAGUGCCUUUCCCCCAUUUUUUAUCCAUGUGUUGCCUUUUGCAGUAUCAUGGGAUAAUACUGCUUUUACUCACGUUAGAAAGUUAUUGCCUGUCAUCUAACUCGGUAUUCACAAAGAGAAUAAACAAUUUUCAUCAAG